GCACGACGGUCACGGACUGUAGGCGCCCCCGCUCAUAUUAUGCUCGUCCCAGCACGCCCGCUCUCCCAGUCCGCCUCCUCCGGAACUCUCAUCAUCCACCGCCUCUCCCCCGCGACCCCUCGCCCUCCCCGCAGCCCGCCCCGCCCACCAGCCAUGACGCGCGGCCGCAGAAAGGACAUGACCAUCCCGCCCUCCCGCGCCCUCCUCCAGCAGCGCGACUACCGCGCCCGCAAGGCACGCUAUGUCGCCGAUCUCGAGGACCGCUGCAAGCAGGUCGAGGAGGAGAACGCGCGGCUCAAGGAGCAGAUCGAUAUCCUCGGCGCGCAACUACGCACCGCGGGCCAAUCCGCCGCACAACGAACCAGCCCAAGCCCAGAGAUGGUACGCGCGUUCCAUCUGUCUGCGCAGCUCGCCGCUGCGCUCGCCACUGUCCUUGCAUCUCACACGCCGCCUUGUCAGGCUGCCGCGACGAACGAGCUCAUACACAACCUCUCCGCCGCCGCCCAUUCGAUCAACCACUUCCAGCAAGUCGCCUUCGGCCCACCGCCUAGCUCUGAGCCGUCAUCGGCCUCCAGUCUCCGCCUUCCUCCCAUCCAGAACCACACCCCCACGUCGCUUGCCACGCCGUCGUUCACACCCUCGCCACUACCACAGCCACACCACCGGCUGCCGCCCUCGCCCCGACAACGAAUCGAGCUGCCGCCUCUGCACGCUCUCCACCGCGAUCUCUUCCGCGGGCCCCCAGAGCCAUCCAGCUACCCCCAGCAACAGUCUCGGAUGCCAGGACCCUCGCAGGCGGGGCCGAGCAACAGCGGCUACUCCGAGUCGGAAUGCUGUGGUGGGUACUUGGAUUGCACUGGUCUUGUUGAGGAUGAGGACGAGCGUCGAAUUACAGACGACGACGCAACAAGCCCCGAAUCAUCGAGCACCGCACAGCGAAUGUCGGAUGUGCGGUCCACGCGCUCUUCAUCAGGUCCGGAGGAUGCAGGGACAUCCAGCAGCAGGUUGCCACAACCGCAUUGACGUUUUCCCCUCCGACAUCUAACAUUGGCGCACGUAAGUCCUCGGAUCGCAGCUCCCUGUUGACCAUCCUGACGACGCUCCGCAGUGGCUCUGGUGGCCGUGCGCCCUGGCAUUUCUAUCCUUAUCUGUCGAUGCAUGCUAUCCUUAUGUUAUUGUUGUACAAUGACUGUAAUGCGGAUGUACUGUAGCCUAAUGCCUAAUUCCGACCUGCUGUGGU